CUCUGUACAAGGAGCACAAAGAACGACACCGCAAAAGAACACGCGGACAACCUGACGUAAUCCGCAGGAACAGCACGUGGGUGAUUACGUCAGUUCGAACAGGAAAAGAACAAAAUGGAGGAGUACGCGAGGGAACCAUGCCCCUGGAGGAUAGUGGACGACUGUGGGGGUGCGUUCACCAUGGGGGCCAUCGGUGGAGGGAUCUUUCAGGCCGUCAAAGGCUUUAGAAACUCUCCUUCUGGAAUGAGUCACAGAAUGAGGGGUAGCUUGACAGCUAUAAGGACCAGAGCUCCACAACUAGGAGGAAGCUUUGCUGUGUGGGGUGGCCUCUUCUCCAUGAUUGAUUGUGGGCUGGUGAAGGUGAGGGGCAAAGAAGACCCUUGGAACUCAAUCACAAGUGGAGCCAUGACAGGAGCCAUUUUAGCAGCAAGAAAUGGGCCAGUGGCCAUGGUUGGCUCUGCUGCAAUGGGAGGUAUACUGCUUGCAUUAAUAGAAGGUGCAGGAAUUCUUCUUACAAGGUUCGCCUCAGCGCAAUUCCCAACUGGCCCACAGUUUGCAGAAGAACCCGCUCCCAUGCCUGCUUCAUCAUUCGGAGACUACAGACAGUACCAAUGAGGAGCCCUUUAAAACUCAAGGCCUUUUCUUAUUCCAUGAACUCAUCUAAGACACUGAAGUUACAGUGUGGACCUCAUUCAUCAACAGAGCAUGCCGCCAACCACAAAUGACUAUGACGAAGGGAAUAUGAAGGGCAAACACUAUUGUUCCUGUCGUUGCGUUUGUUUUCAGUAUGCCUUUUGCUAAUCUCAGCUUUGAUAUUGGUCUGUGGGUCACUCUAUUUAAGUCAAACAUUUUAUUUUCUCAUUUUGUUGCUGACGCAGCUGGAAAUGCUUGCUGAAGCAAUAGGUAUACUGUUUAAGUCAUGCUAGGUUGUUCGCAUUGAGCCCUAAUUAAUUGGCUGUACAAAGUGUGUUUGUUGCGCGUAUGUGUGUGUGAAUGUGUUAAUAUCAUUCUGUGUGUGGGUGUGCGUAAGAGUUUAAUACAUGCCUGUGCACUGAUUGUUUGCCUUAAUGUAAACUUUCUCAUGGGCCUCAACAAGAUCAUAUAUACAUAUUGGAGAUUUUUAUUGACUGUUCCAUGCCAAACCUUCUCUUGCAGAAUAUAUUCCUUCACAGUUUACUUUUUGAAUUAGCUAUUUAUUUUCUAGAAGUAAAACGAGAUGUUAUGCUGUAUUGUACUUUAAGUAUUUCUCUACAGUGAAUGUUAGGAUCACAAAGGAGAAGAAAAGGUUUAUGAAUGGACAGAAUUAAUUGUCUUCUGGUUGAUAUAUGAGCCAAAUUAGGCUGAAAAACAUCGUAAAUAAACUAGUUAUUACUACUA